AUGACACCCAACCGCGACCGCCCUGGCAGUGUCACGACCAAACCAACUUCGCCACUGCCGUCCACCCUUGAAUGUCUGUGCCACAGCUAUCCCGAUUCCAUCGCAACAGUUGCGCGUCCCCAGCGAUUUUCCCAGAAACAGUCCCCCUAUCAACGCAAACCCUCAAAACGAGGCAAGACCGCCUACGAUUUUUUGGCAAAUUCAUACCAACUUCCCAACGGCCAAACCCCACAAUCCAGCAAAAGUUAUGCCAGCUCGUCCGGCGUUUGGAGCCAAGGCAAGAAGAUCUUUCCGGUCAACCUCAUUGCAAACAACCACUCCGACACCCCUCUGACGGAAGGAAAACUUUACGUAAUUGAAGGAGAAAUACGCGGGAUCAACUUCAUGCGCGUCCCCAAGUUGACCUGGACAGCUGGCGACAAGAGAAAUUUGAAUGUUGACAAACAUCCAUCUGAAUGGCAACGUGUCCGCGUCUCCGGCCUUGGUACAAUAAUCAAAGUUCGAACCAAAGCCGCUUGGCCGGAAAGCAAUGGCACCCUGAUGAGCAUCAGCGUUGAACACACGGGCGAGUUGGACAAAGGUGGAGUCUUUCGAGUCCGAUGUGUCUUAGGCUUAAGCAACAACGAGUUCCCUUGCGGCACAACGUUAUUUCCGGGAGGUAAGAUCAAAUACAAAGGGUUCCUCGAUGGCUUCGGCAGGACAUCACGACGGAUGAUUGUCAAGGUCACCCACGCCACGUUCGCUUCUGACAACGUACUCUUCACUGACUCCGACGAAACCGCCAGCUCACUCAACGACGACUUCUGA